AUGGAAAGCGAAGUCACCGCCACCUUCCCCGUUGGAGGGGACGACCCGAUGUUCACCACCGGCUCCACUAUGAAUAUACAGACCUUGGCACAAAUCCCCGAUUAUUGCAACAUGGAGGAUUUGCUACCGCUUGAUGAAUCCGCCGGCCACGCCCCGCCGGAUCCGCAAUCCGCCGGAGACACCAGCCACUCCACCACCAUCCCGUACCUGUGGAGUCCUCUGUUUGGUUUCAACAUGGAAGAGAUCAACGCUGCCCUCACCUCUACUGCCGCCGUCAACGACAACAUCCUAUCGGUGGAGAAUCCUCCGCGGGAGCCGACCACGCCCGUGGUCAACGUCGGCCUCGCCAUGCCGGGGCCGGACCGGGAUCCGUACUCCACCGGGGUCACCAGCUGCCCUUCCGCUUCCGCCGCCGCCGACACGGGGAGCAGGUCACCGGAUCUGGAGGUCAACGCCGCGGUCGGGCUCCCGCAGUCAGGCGGCGGCGGCGCCUUGACGGAGGCACCGGUACGGGCAUCCUCCAAGAGGAAAUGCCUCAACUCGAGUUCGACGGAGGCCGACCUCGUCCGAUCGGACCCGUCCUCUGCCUACGUCAACUACCCCACCGGCAUCGACUAUAGAGGGAUCACGAGACAAGAGCGCUUUACAGACAUCAAGCCUCCCGACGGCAGCACCCCUUUCGACAUCAUACAAUUCCUCAAAAGAGCAUGCCUCGCCGAGCAGGACCAAACGGCUCCCGAGGCUCAUCGGAGGUACGUCACGAAUAUGCCUAUGAUGCCCGGGCGAAAUAAGAGACAUCACGGAGCGGGCGGGUACUGGCUGGAAAAAGCCGAUCUCGAGGUGGUGAGGAAAAGAGGAGGCAGUAAUAGUGUGUGGAAUUACAUCGUCGGGAUUAAAAGGACCUUCCAGUUCCACACGAGCAAUGGCAAAGAAACGAACUGGUUCAUGGAUGAGUACAUCCCGACCGAUCAUUGGGGCAUGGACCUGUAUUUUGGGGGGCUUCGCUUUCGCGAGGUAUUCGAACUGGCAGGUAAACAACGGGUGAAUAUCAACAAUAGAAUUGCUGAUGUGAAUCAUCGGAAGCGGGGACCUGACGACCCCAAGGUGGUGAAGGGAGAAUCAAAGGCCUGGCAGCACUUCAUCAAGAUAUAUGACAGGCAUCCUGAACUCGAGGGGUCUAAGGUGGUGUAUGCAGUGUGCUGCCAUUGCGACGGGGUGCUCAAAGCCGAGAGUCACACCCUAUUUUUUAUGCACUUUGAGCGUUUACACACAUCGGAGCUCUUCAAUGGUGCUUCGGUGAGCAUCCGGGCGACCGGGUACCCUAGAGUCUACCGUGACCCGGGCGUCACUGACAAUGGUAAGAAGAUCAACUAUGAAUUGAGUCGUUUUGUGUUCGAGGAAGUUGCUGACCUGUGCACGCCGGGAACCCGUAUGUAG